AUGCUCUUCACAACAACCCUCAUCAGCAUUGCAUCUCUCUGCCUCGGGAAAGAAGUCACCAAAAACCGCAAUAACGAACCAGACGCCAUCAUAGAUCAAUUCCCAUGGUACUCCCUCUCCGACGAAACGGGAUUCGACCCGUUGAAAUAUCUGAAAGCUCCAGCUGAGGACAAACCCGGCCCGGACAGAGUCGCUUGCCCUGCUGCCAUUGCCGAAUGGUUCGACCUCGUCGAUGAACAACGUCAAAUCAACAUCCCCGGCGGUCAAUGCCGUUCCGUUACCGAGGGGACAUGUCGAACGGUUGCGUGCGCCCCGAGAGGAGAUGUUAGUGUUGCACUGGAGGAAGUGACGGGAUACAUGUGGAAACCUGUAUCUUCGCGAUGUGUAUUUGGGGGUACAGGAGGAAUAUGGCAGAACAAUGGGUCAACACUGGUGAUCGAGAUGGGACAUGCAAAGAAGGAUUAA